AAAUCGUCCCAAGUAAACCCUUUAGGGUUCAAUGGCACGGGCUCCGGGUGAUCUUCGACCGUCCGUGGGGAGAUCUGACGGCGUAGAUCUUUCUUCCCUUUGGUUUUUGUUGCGCUGUUGCUGGCUCUCAAUUGGAGCUACAGUGGGGGGCUCGGAGUGGUGUAGCACGAAAGAGGGUGCCCAAUGGGAAAUGGCGGAGUGGAUCGGCGAUCACCGGGCGGUUUGAUGAUGGAUGUUUUGCUAAAGAUGGAAUCUUUUUGCUCCGAUCUCUCUGUUUGCUCGAUUUUGAGCCAUACUGUUCAUGUUUGUUUUCUCUGAGCUUGAGUUAAGGAUCUUGACGUUUAGGGUACGAAAAUGAUGCGUUUGGUCGGUUUUAUCGUGAAAGAUUCAAUUUUUUGUGGGUGAAGCCCAAGUUUUUUUUGAGCUUUCGAGGGCAUUGAGAAGCAACAGAGCAUUUUGUCUAAUAUGGGAGUUCGUUCUUUGAUCGGGAGCGGAGGGGAUGGUUUUGGCGGCGAGGAUUUUGAGGAGCUGGGUUUGCUGCUCAGGGAGCAGAGGAGGCAAGAGGCGAGUGAUCGAGAAAGAGAGCUCAGCAUUUUCCGGAGCGGAUCCGCUCCGCCCACUGUCAAUGGUUCGCUCGCCGCAGUGGGAGGGAUCUAUGGGCGCGAAGGUGCAUUCGGCGUGCCUGAUAUUUCCUCAGUAAAGAAUGGGGACGAGAUUUCGUCAGAGGAGGAACUCCUCUCCAAUCCAGCAUAUGUCUCCUACUACUACUCGAAUGCAAAUAUAAACCCCCGGCUACCGCCCCCGGUGCUCUCCAAGGAGGACUGGCGAUCCACACAGAGGCUCCAAUCCAGCUCUUUGAUAGGAGGGACUGCUGAUAGAAGGAAAAUCAAUGGAGGGGAGGAAGGGGAUGAUAUAUCACUCUUCUCUAAACAACCAAUUUUUACUUCGAUGGAGGAGCAACAGGCAGAGACGAUUAUGGAACCUGGGGCAGGAGAAUGGGUUGAUAGAGGAGAUGGCUUGAUUGGUCUGUCACUUGGCCGCCAGAAGAGCUUUGCUGAUGUUGUGCAGGAUGAAGUUGUACAAAGUGGUCCCAGUUCAAGCCAUCCCUCACGCGCUGCAAGUCGUAGUGCUUUUAGUGGUUCUGAACCAUUAUCUUCUCCUAGCAUCCAGAUUUCAUCACAUAAAGUAAGUGCAUUGAUGGAUGAAGAAAACAUCAGAUUUCUACAUAGUGACAAUGGACAUGAGAAAACUGGUACAUCAUUGCCUCACAGUUAUGCAUAUGUUGUGGGCUCCUCUUUGAAGCGAAGUACUACUGAUGCCCAGUCAGUUGCAAGAGCUCAGAGUCCCUGCAUUCCACAUUUAGGCCAUUUAGGCCUGAGAAUCUGUGCCCCUGACAAAAAAACUCAUGAUUUCUCCUCGAAUGGUAUCUCAUUGGACACAGUUGAAUCUGAUGAUCUUAUGGCUUCCUUAUCAGGUAUUAACCUGUCAUCUGCUUGUGAAAAUACUACAAAAUCAAAGACUCAGCAAGGAAUAUAUGAUAACCAGAACUUUCCUUUUGCUUCACAUUUAGGCCAGAACAAUGUUGACAAACAGCUUACCCUCAAAAGUUCUGAUCCAGAAUAUCUAGGCAUGCAGGCCAUUCCUAAGUCGGCAAAACCUCCUUACCCUGGCUCCAUUAGAAAUUCAGUAGGUUCAGUGGAUUUGAGAACUUCAGGAUCAGGUUUGAAUGGGCUAAUUGAAUCUCAAAAGUCUCCUGCUAAAUCUGACAAGCCAUAUCUUGAAGCACCUUCUCAUUACAUCACCACAAAUGGUGUUUCUUCUCUGUACGAGAGUGUCAAUGCAGCCUUUUCAAGUUCCAAUCUCAAUGCGUAUUUAGAAAAUCCAGCAUUAUCAGCAAGUUUGAUAAAUCACGUUGGCUUGGGGUCUUUGUCUCCAAUGUUGGAAAGUGUUGCUAGUGUAUCACCAAAUGCAUCACCUAAAAUGGAGGUAGGGGCAUUACAAGGUGGAACUUUCUCACCACCAAAUUUAGUUGGGCCUGCAGACAUACGAACUCUCAGUAGAAAUGGAAAUUCAGUUUCCACUGCAGCAGCUCUUCAGGCACCACUUAAUGACCCACUUUAUAUCGACUACUUGAUGGCAGCUGAAUAUACUGCUCAACUUGGAGCCAACUGUUCUAAUCCAUCCCUGGAGAAAGGUUAUCUAAGUUCUUAUGCUGAUUUACUUGGGAUCCAGGAAACUUACUUGGAGUCCUUACUUCAACAACAGAAGCCGUAUGGCAUGACACAUCUGGCUAAAUCUGCUUCUCUAAUUCAUAAUUAUUAUGGGAAUUCAGGAUUUGCCCUGGCUACUUCAUAUCCAGGAAGUCCUUUAGCAAAUUCUAUUGCUUCUCCUGUUGGACCUAGCAUCCCUCUUAGUCUCAGAGAGCGCAAUAUGCAUUAUUCUUCCAACUGGCGAAACAUAAGUAGAGGUGUUCUGGGAUCUUGGCAUUCUGAGGCUAAUGGUAACAUAGAUGGACAGUUUCCAUCCUCACUCUUGGAUGAAUUCAAGAGCAAUAAGACUAGAAGCUUUGAGCUUGCUGAGAUUGCAGGCCAUGUGGUUGAGUUCAGUGCUGAUCAAUAUGGAAGCCGCUUCAUACAGCAGAAACUUGAAACAGCUACUACUGAAGAAAAAAACAUGGUUUUUGUUGAGAUAAUGCCUCAUGCUUUGUCUCUGAUGACUGAUGUGUUUGGGAAUUAUGUGGUCCAGAAGUUUUUUGAACAUGGAUCAUCAGCUCAGAGACGGGAAUUAGCUAACCACCUUAAUGGGCAUGUAUUGGCUCUCAGCCUCCAGAUGUAUGGUUGUCGAGUGAUCCAGAAGGCAAUAGAAGUAGUUGACUUGGACCAGAAGAUAAAGAUGGUUCAAGAGCUUGAUGGGCGUAUCAUCCACUGUGUGCGAGAUCAAAAUGGGAACCAUGUCAUUCAAAAGUGUAUUGAGUGUGUCCCACAAGAUGCAAUUCAGUUUAUCAUCUCAACAUUCUAUAAUCAAGUUGUGACACUAUCUACUCAUCCAUAUGGUUGUCGUGUUAUACAGAGAGUGCUGGAGCAUUGUGACAAUCCUAAUACUCAACAGAUUGUCAUGGAUGAGAUUUUACAUUCUGUUUCCAUGUUGGCACAAGACCAAUAUGGUAAUUAUGUUGUUCAGCAUGUGCUGGAGCAUGGAAAGCCUGAUGAGCGUUCUGUGAUUAUUAAGCAAUUAACUGGACAAAUAGUACAGAUGAGUCAGCAGAAAUUUGCUUCAAAUGUCAUUGAAAAAUGCUUGACUUUCGGUAGUCUUGAAGCACGACAGCUUUUGGUGAGCGAGAUGUUGGGUUCGACUGAUGAAAAUGAGCCUCUCCAGGCCAUGAUGAAAGAUCAAUUUGGUAACUACGUUGUACAGAAAGUGUUAGAGACGUGCGACGAUCAGCAGCGGGAGCUGAUCCUCUCGCGAAUCAAGGUUCACUUGAACGCGCUUAAAAAAUACACUUACGGGAAGCAUAUUGUUGCUCGUGUUGAGAAGCUUGUUGCCACCGGAGAGAGGAGGAUCGGGCUCCAGGCGUCCUUUCCCUCGUAAGACAGCGACACACCGACGAAGUUGUACAGCUAACUGAAGCUAGUUUUAGCUCACUCUUUUAUCUAGAAAUAAGAUCAAUGUUGCUUGAAUGGAAUCCAUUCUGUACAUUUUGUAAUUUCAAGGUAGUUUAAUUAUGCUAAGGCUGAGGCUCAGAUGGCUAAUAGAAAUGAAUUGAGUUCAUGUUGGUUUGGAGCAGACAUCCGAUAAAAUUGGAACAAUACAGAGGAGGAAGAUUGAGUUCAUCUGUCUUUCCCUUGUUUACUCUUGGAAUGAUUGUAGGUGAUGAUAUAAUAUAUAUACAUACAUUCUUGAAA